CCCGUCCUCCAGGGCUUUUUAAACGUCGUGUCUGCUUCACGCUCCAGCGACAUCAUCCAAUUGAAGCGCCGCAGCGCGAAACUCUCUGGACCAACGGGCACCGUGGGAACUCGCGCACCGAGCGUUAAUGGUGUGAGGGUCGAGAGAAGAUAGAAAGACACCGUGUUUGCGGGUCAACGACUUGUUGUCGUUGUUGUUAAGCCCUCACUCUGCCCUGGCAGCCGUUGCUCUCCGGGAGUUCAUAACGGGAGGGCGUCUCGGGGAGAUGAGAGCGGACCGGGUCGCUGACCGUCAUUCCGUUGUGUGUCGAUGCGGUUGGGACCGCAGUUAGCUCGCAGCGGCCGCGUUGAUGCAGCAGCAGCGCUCGGCUGCGGGGCUCAAAAUCCACCACCGGAUCCGGGGAGACAAUAAAGUGUAAUUUACGUCGGACUGGACCACCCCCGCACCCCCCCAAAAGACGACGCCGAAACGAGAGUCUGCGUCGGCUUCACUAACUAUAGUGUCCGCGUGAGGAAUCGGGUUUCAAGAGUGACGUGACCGCCGGCAGGUAGCCCGAUCAGGAUGGCGGCCGUGGUGAACUACUCUCCGCCCUGGUGGGUGAAUCUGCUCCACCGGAUGCCUCAUUUCAACCUCGAAUUCCAGCUCGUCAGCAGUGACUUCAGACCGGAGGACUCCGAGUACCAGAAGUCCGUCUUGCUGCUCGGCUCGGUGGCGUUGCUGUGUCUGGGCCUGGACCUCCUCUUCCUCCUCUUCUACUCAUUCUGGCUCUGCUGCCGGCGACGCAAGAGCGACGACUCGUCGCACUCUCACACGCACGGCCAGCAGCAGCCCAGCGCGGACUGCUGCUGCACCGCCUGGUGCGUCAUCAUCGCCACGCUCGUCUGCAGCGCUGGCAUCGCUGUCGGAUUCUACGGAAACGGCGAAUCGAGCGAUGGCGCCAGCCGCUUGGCGUACUCCCUCCGCCAUGCCAACCGCACCGUGUCCGGGGUGGAGAAACUGGUGUCAGACAGCGCCCUGGCCUUAAACCAGACAGUGGAGGAGAGCCUGGUCCAGUUGGAGACGGCCUUCCAGGAGCAGACGGACUACGUGUCCAUCGUCCAGAAGCUGCAGGGGCAGCUGGAUGAGCUGGUGAGGCUGAUGGUGGACAUUCCCUUCUGGUCCAACACUGACAUCUCCCUGGAGGACUUGGCCCACAAGACGGAGGUGUUCGAUUUCUACAGGUGGCUGGGGUACCUCAGCCUGCUGCUGUUUGACGUGCUCAUUUGUCUCCUGGUGCUCUUCGGCCUGAUCCGUAACUCCAGGGGCAUUCUGAUUGGAGUGUGCCUGCUCGGCGUUUUGACUCUGAUAAUCAGCUGGGGGUCUCUCGGCAUGGAACUGGCUGUCGCUGCUUCAGCCAGCGACUUCUGCAUCUCCCCGGAUACCUACGUCACCACGGUAACCAAGGAAAACGCUGUCAUCAACCAAGAUAUCCUGCAGUACUACCUGAGGUGCAGCCCCGGUCAAAUCAACCCCUUCCAGCAGAGGCUGUCAGGGAGUCACAAAGCAUUGGUGGAGAUGCAGGAUGAUGUGGCGGAGCUACUGAGAUCAGCAACACGCGAAUACGCCAACACCAAGGAGAGUCUCGAGCAAAUCCAGUCCGUGCUGAAUUCCACCGAGGUCGGUCUUCACCAGCUGACCGCCCUGGUCGACUGCCGCAGCCUCCACAUGGACUACGUCCAGGCGCUGACCGGGCUGUGCUACGACGGCGUGGAGGGCGUCAUCUACCUGGUCCUCUUCUCAUUCAUCACCGCUCUGAUGUUCUCCUCCAUUGUGUGCAGUGUGCCACAUACCUGGCCCGGCAAGAGGACGGAUGAGGAAGACGGAGAGGACGAGUCGGGCGCCUCGCGGGGCGGCGUGCAUGAUAACCUGUACCGCGUUCACAUGCCCAGCCUCUACAGCUGUGGCUCCAGCUACGGUAGCGAAGCUAGCCUGCCCGCGACGGCCCACACUGUCAGCAAUGCCCCCGUCACUGAAUACAUGAGCCAGAACGCAAACUUUCAGAACCCUCGGUGUGAGAACACCCCCCUGAUUGGCAGGGAGUCCCCUCCACCCUCUUAUACCUCCAGCAUGAGGGCGAAGUACCUGGCCACCAACCGACCGGACCAGAACCGACGCUCCGUGCCCAACGACCAACUGGACCCGGCCAGCCGGCCUCACCCCGCUGCGCGGCCGCAGUCCUCAGUCCACUAGAGUCCAGAACCUCCCCAGUCCAACCCAGUACUGCCUAAAUCCAGUUUUCACAGCCAGUAAAGAGAUCCAACUCACCAUAGUGGGGAGUACCAACAGGACCCCGCUUCCUCAAGACCCACCGAAUUUCACCGACACAGACCGGUCCACCGGCAACAGCACAGCGAGUCAGAACUCAUCAACCCAGCGCCGCCGCACUGGACCGGACUCCUGAGGUCGCCUUCUGCUUCCUGAAUGAUCCAGGAGGCCCGAGCCCAACCCGGAAGAUCACGAUUCCCACUCCUCUCCUCUGAGUGGAGGAGAGGAGUGGAUCGGCCCACAUACCCACAAUGCACAGCGACUAAAGCGCCUUGGCUCUGGGUUCGUCCAGUUUCUUCUUCUUCUUCUUCUUCUUCUUCUUUACAAUUAUCUCCCGCUCCACUGGGGGCCAUACACUGCCCCCUGGUGGAGGCAGCGCUCAAGCCCCCAACACUUUUACAUUCAAACCACACACACACACACACACACACACACACACACACAGACACACUGUACAGACCUGUAAAUAGUAAGCGUGUGCUUUACUCUGAUUCCACGAGAGGUAGAGUGUUGAGUCUUUACUGGUAACAGGCACGUGCCCAGAUAGAGCCCUAGUGGUGCUCAAGCUCCUCCCCUUUUGCCCUGGAUGAGUAAAGGGCCCUUUUUGCUGGAGCCACUUUUUUCAUUCAUCAGUAUUUAAGAAUAAAAGUUUCUCUCUCUGUCGUUAAGUCCCCCUAAAUGUCUAAAUGUGUUUUAAUAUCCGACGGGGCAUUUAUUUGAGUUAUUGCGAGAAGUUCUCCCCCCCCCCCCCUCCUCCUCCUCCGCGCAGUGCUCCUCGCGCCACCAAACGGCUGCACCUCCUUCUCCUCUGACGCGCAGCACCAGACACACAGGUCCUGACGGUGUUUGUCCCCUGACGUUGUUUUGUGAUAAAUCAACCACAACAUUAGCGCUGCUGAAAACAUGACGUCACGACUGGUCAGACGUUUCCUAAAAAACAAAAACAAAUAAAAACUCACGAAAUCCGUGAUUUCAAAGCCUUUCAGCUGUUUACUGACGUUAGUUAUGUUUAGAGAAAAGAGAGAGAUAAUUCUUAUUCCGUUCUAUUUAACAGGGGCUAUUCUAGGAUUUGCGUGGCCAGACUGAAAAAAAAAUCAUGAGGCCUCUCUUGUUCAGAGGGCCGGGCCAAAUGUGGAGGCGGGCCGUAUCUGGCCCGCGGGCCUUAGUUUGAGGACCACUGCUCUUGGCUGUUGAUGUCUAUCAAUAUUGCUCAUUUUGAAAAUGACGUCAGAGGGCAAUACGGAUCUGUAUCAGACCAGCGAGGAGGGCAAUACGUGGCUGGCAUGACGACCCAUUAGCCAAUCAGAACGCUUGUACUGUUGUUGCUAUAUAAUAAUUCAUCUUUAUUCAUAAAGAAAAUGUAAACUAGCGGUCUAAUCCUGCCCAGAGGAAACGCAGGUCGAGGAUGUAUUGCAUCAUCAGUGUAUUGCUGCUAAUGCUUCAACUCUGUCAGAAAUCUUUUUUUUGGCAUUGGGUGCCCUUUUUUUUGGUUUGAGCACCUGCCCCCCAAAAUGUCUGUGCACGUGCCUGACUGGUAAUGUGGUGUGCUGCGUGUUUACCAUGGACGUUUUUAGCUGUACCUCACACACACACACACACACACACACACACACACAUAUAAACAAUAAGCCAGUGAAUUAGAAAGCCAUGUUUAGAUAGAACGCGUACCACCACAUCCUUACAUCUUUAACUUAACAUAGUCGUCUAAGGCUUGCGCCGUGAGCUCAUGAAGUCCACAUCUCUCUCUCUCUCUCUCGCUCUCUCUCUCUCUGUAUUUGUUCGCGUGUCGAUUUAAUGCGCUUUGAACGUGAGCCAGGAAUCCCGUUGUGGAAUCUGAACUUUGGGAGUCGAAGCGAGAGACAAGAGGACUUAAGAAGGCUCAACCUGUGCCAAAAAACUCUUGGAUCCCUGAUUCUGUCCUCCUCUUCUUCUUCUUCUUCUUCUUCCUCUUCUUCUUCUGCUUCGGCUGCCUCCACGCGUUUAAGGAAUCACGCGGAGCGGUUUCCCUCCGACUGGAAAUGAAAAGGGAACAACACUUGAAAACAAUGGACAGAGAUGGAGUAAGACUCGUGUGUCGGGUGCUAAGCGGGUCCAGGUCCCGGGAGACGAUCAGGACUGAGGAGGCAACGGGAACGUUUUAUUUGUUUUUAUUAUUUCAAUGUUUUUCGGGUUCAUUCAGGGAUGUGAUUCGGGAAUAUAAAGAGCAGUAAAAAAAAAUAAUGAAACGCCUCCAUCAUUACCGGAGGAAGGGUUUGUCCCGAAUUCCUGACAAGAAAACCACGUCCCUGAUAAAUAAAGUUACAUGAAAGUGUUACGGAGAGAAGGAAAGUGGGAGUUUUUAAACAUGUUUAAGCUGAAUUAAUGUGAUGUGAUACUGUGACCAAGUAGUAUUCUGUUUCUUCUCCAAUAUGCUGUUUCUUUCUUCCUGUGCUUUUAUUUUGUUACCUGGUGACCUUCAAUUGACCUUUAGCCACCGUUCAUUUUUUUCUCCUUCUUUUUAAUCAUUUUUUUUUACCCACAAGCACAAAUUCUCUUCACGGUGACUUUGCGAACUGGAGAAGUAAAACUCGGCCAGUGAUUUUUCCUUCGCUCUCUGUACAGUGUAUCAAAUAACUGUUUCCGUGAACCCGUGUGUGUGUGUGUGUGUGUGUAUGACGUCGCUGCGUCGUGAUUGGCUGCUGCUCUAUCGCAGUGUUACUGUGUCUAAGUGCAGUGAUCAGUGAGUGUGACCGGCAGCAUCAAGCGAGCCCCCCCCCCCCCCCCCCGAGUCAUCUCUACACAGACGCAUGCCCUCAUACACACACAUUGGAACACACACACAUGCUGUACAGACAACACACACGCGCCAGUUUCCUAUAAAACUGCACCCCUCCCUUUUCUUGUCCCGUUUACAUUCACAUCUAUCGCCGUAGUAACUGCACGCGCCGCCCCCUCGCCCCCCACAGCUGACAACCAUUUGCAUUAUGGGUAAUCCGUCGGCCAUGUAGUAACCACAUUUCACAGACUAGCAAUUAGCCGAGUGAGCCGAGCGCUCAAUGUUCAACCACCAUUCCUGUACAGCAUUUUAAUAAUCCGUUAUUAAUCGAUGACCACUUCUCGUAUCAGCGAGACAAUCUUACAUGUGUGAUUCCACGAGAGAGAAGACGUCCAUGUUAUGGUAACAAUGCUACCGAUGGUCUCGGACUUUACAGUGUUUCCUGUUUCUUUUUAUUGCACCAUAAAUGCAAACAAUGUGAAGAUCUGUGGGACGAGUCACUGAUUAAUGGCCUUUCAUAACGUUUUUAAAACUUACAACACUCUUCAUAUCACUUUUUUUCUUCUCUGUCUUGUAUAAAACAACAACUUUAAAGAUAAAACGAUAGCUAGCUGUUUUGUAGGAGAACAACGGCCAGAGCAGCGUUUUUCCUCUCUUAUUAAUGGUGAAUGACUCUCUGUCUUGCGAUGUUUUAAUAAAACUAUUCCAGUGCGCUCUGCACAGCUGACUGAAAGUUGUAUUUGAACCCCUGGGUCUCGAUGGGGGAGAAAGAAACAAGGACAAGAUGUUGGAGAGAUGUCUGUGUGUACAUGUGUGUACAUGUGUGUACAUGUGCGCUAUUUACAGGUCUUCAAGUACACCUCUGUCCAGAUGUGACGGACACACAUUGUUUUCUAUGGCUGUUUUUAUUUUCCCAUGGUUCAACUAAGAUAUUAAUGAUGUACACGUCAAAACUGUGGUAAUGAUAUCAUUCAGCCUGGAAUAAAUGUUUUAAAAAAAGAAAGAAAUUAAAGCAACUUUAACGUAA